AUGAGAUAGUAGUACGACUCAACCGUUGGUUAGGAGUCAAUUUAUUUCCACGUAGUAUCCACCGUCGUAUGUAUGUAUGUACAUACGUAUGUACAACCGCGGAUUGGAAGAAGCUUUUAUUUGCGAAUUCAUCGAUUACGCAGCAAACGCAGACUCGUAGCGCCACGGGCGGAACCUAAUUGACUCAACGUCACUGAUCUUCCCGCGUGUCCAGUCGCGCUUCACGGUCAUUGGUAGUCGACUGACUACUACGACUAGUCGUCUGCGAGCCGUGAGACGCGGUAAAACGUAGGUGUUGUUUGUGUUUCGUGGGCCGCUAGGCCAAAAAUGGCGGAACGGACGAAGGUGACGGCCCCGGCCACCCGGCCCGUUCCCAUGAAGCUGUUUGCCACCUGGGAAGUGGAUCGCACCCCUCCAAACUGCAUACCCAGGCUGUGUUCCUUGACGUUAACGCGUUUAGUGAUACUUCGGCCACUUGGCUCGGAUCUAACAUCCAUCAGUAUCGCAGUCAAGAUGCAUAGCUCCAAGAGAACCUUGCGGUCUAACGAGAUGGCUAUACCGACUGGUGGCAUGCUCGAUACAGAACUCGAAUUGCAGUUUGCGCUUCAAUAUCCUCAUUUUCUCAAGAGAGAUGGCAAUAAGCUUCUGAUAUUGUUACAGAGGCGAAAGCGAUAUAAAAAUCGCACAAUGCUUGGAUACAAGACUCUUGCCGAAGGAGUCAUCAAUAUGGCACGAGUGCUGCAAAAGCAAAUGGAUCUUGAGUUGGAACUCGUGUCAGACAAAGCGGAGAAAUACGGUGGUCAUUCGGUCGCGUUGGCGCGCGUGAGCGUUGUGGCGCUGAGCUCCCAACCCGUUGAUCAUGACAAAAGACUGAUGAGCGAUCCCAACGAGAGGCUCUGUCCGGAAUUUAGUGAUGAGGAGGAGGAAUUUAGUUCAGAGGGUGAAGCGGAAGGUAGCGAUAGCGAACCAACGUUGGAGGUGCACAGGCGGAAAAGUCGCGGAAAGAUGCCAGCGAAUGCCAGGCAAAGAAACUUGAAGCAAAAGUUUAUAGCUCUGCUGAAGCGGUUUAGAGUAUCUGAAGAGUUGGAACAUGAUCAAGAAGAAAUUGGGCAGAAACUUUCAGGCGGCGAUAUGGAGAUUGAAGAACUAUUCGACGAGUUGGAGGAUUUAUCUGACAGUGGGCCGGAAUUGGAUACUAUGUCCGUUAGCAGUACACCGAAGCCAUCGCUCAGACCCUUUUUCAGCUCUAGUCGAUCCCUUCUCGCGCCACCUCAUUCUGUAGUAACCAGCGAGGACACGGCAACUGUCUCCGCGACUACCACGUGUCAGCAAACUACGGCUCAGCCGACUAAAGAGAAACAUCGUAUCGGACACACUACACCGGAACGUGGAGUGGACAGGCAAAGUGACGAUAGUUCCCGAAGAGCCGACAGCGACUCCCAUCCUGAGAAUUGGACGGACCACGAAGCGAAUGAUCCACCGAAUUAUAUAGCGGGCUCGCCGCCAAAGUCGGAACAACCUAACAAGAGUGAAAAUUCCGAGAGAAGAAGCAGACUCUUCGCGCGUGAUAGAGGUACACCUGGCAGCAAUAAAUCUAAGAAGCACAGUUUAAGUGUCGACCUGAAGCCUACGUCUGACUUGAAUAACACAGAGCCGAGGAAAGCUUUAGUCGAGCAGUUAAGUCGAGUGUUACCAGAUGACAGUUUACCGGAUGCUGUGUCACUCGUGUCGAUAGCAGAUCCUGGUGGUGCGGUCCUUGCAGCGAGACUUCAAGAAAGGAACCAUAAAGUUCUGACGACUGCUUCCCCGGCUGAUAUUCGUGCAACAUUUACAUGCUUGGUCACGCGAAUACAAAAAUUCUGUAAUAGUUCCGCGAAACCACCGGCACCCAUAAAGAUGAUUAUCGCUGGUGGGGAUAGUUUUAUAAACGCCGUUCUUCGUCACUACGUCGACCUGUUGAGCUUCAGACCGCCAGAUUGGCAAAACUACAUGAAAUUCUUGGUAGUGCCAUUGGGUUCGAACACGUUAACGAGAUAUCUCGGUUCGAUUGACGCAAAAUAUUCGAUGCUGUUCGGAGACGAAUGGAAGGAGCUUAUGGAGAGGGAAGGUGGAGGAUCGAGCGAAGGUGCAGCGCGAGUGUCCGAGUAUCUGGCUACGGCGAAUGCGGUUCUAUUGUUACCCAUAGCGGAAGCUAUGGUCACGUACAGGGAAACGGAUGACAGCAGCCAAAUCUUUAUUCCCUUUAUAAAUGAUGUUCGUGUGGGCUGCCCGGACAGCAGUUCUUCCACGUCCGUUGAUCUGGAAGAAAGUAAUAUCAGUGUAUCCGGCUCGCCGCCCUCUUUACCCCCUCCAACUUUGCCUGUUCCACCUGUUCCUGGAAAGUUAACACCACCCAGUAGUCCUAACGUGGGUCAACCAACGAGAGAAGGAUGGGAACCAGUGGAACUUCAGCUGGAUUAUUGGGGUAAACAGACUCAGGGUGAGAAAGGAAAGAGUACAUUACGCCAAGCUUUUCGAGCUUUGCAUGUGCAAAGACUUCCCUCAUUGGGUGAGGUUCCAGGACACCAUCUGUCUAUGAAUUACACGACGAAAGAGAAGAAGCAAAAAAUAAUGAGAUUGGGCAAAAAGAAGGAAAAAGAAAAAGAAAACGAACCAAAGAGUCAAACGGUGGAUGGUGUGACACGUCUUAUAUGUUCUGCGAAAACUCACAACAUUCCAUUAAGAGUGAGCAUUGACGGUACUGAAUGGUAUGGUGUGAAAUUCUUCCAACUAUCAGCGCAAUGGCAAACACACAUUAAGACGUUUCCGAUAGCGUUGUUGGAUUAUAAUCCGCAACAACAGGCUACAACUACCACAUAAAUCCACCAUGAAAUUUCCGUCAUCGCGAUGAAGGCUUUUCGGAACUUACGUAUUCUGUAUUACUAUCUAUAAUGCUGACUCAUUUUAUACGCAAACUUGUUAAGACUGCCCAAUAAGCAUUAGAGAUUUAGCAGACGUUAUAAAUUCUGAUAUUCGAGAUUGCACACACACACACAUUACGUUCAUUCCAUUAUUUGAUAAUAGUGAUGUAUAAGAUAUCUUAGACGUUUCGAAUACUCCUAUAUUACAUGAAAGAUAUGGUUGCGUGUGAUAAGCAUAUGUUGUGUGUCCAAAAACGAUCUACGCGACAUAUGCCAACACCAUUUUUCAGUGCUUUAUGUGCUACACAACUGUUUUACAUUUCUUGAUCAUUUUCGCAACAUGAGAUUAUGUUCGUGCAUGUUCGUUGAUAUAUUGCAAACAGUUAUAUCGCAAUAUCGCAUACAUCCAUUUAUGCAGGAAUUUCGUUGCUCGUGCAAGUGCUGUUCCACCAAAAUUCUUGUUGCAAGUCUGUGAUACAGGCAGGCAAACAUUCUUUUAGCGCACAAAAUUAGAAACGUUACUAAGCGGGGACGAUAUACGAUAAGGAAAUUUCGAAGUUUAAUGGAUACAUGUAAAAUUAUAAAGAUUAAUAACUAAUGUAUACGUAAGAAGAAAUGUUCUCUUAGAAGUUGCUCAUACUGAUUAUAAUACCGUUUUAUCAUACCGUUUUAUCAUGGCUUUCUGAGAUAUCUUUGUGCACUUUCUGACAAGAUUUCUAGCCUCAGGCUAGCGUAAAAAGAAUAUAUUAGUCUGCUUUUUAAGAGAUUUAUCAUUUAAAGAAUAUUCUUCUAUUAGGUAAAGCUUUCCAAUUACAGCUUACUAGUUUUAUAUGAAUUUUGCUUCUCUGUGAAACAGAUUGUGAUUUCUUUUAUAAAACAUUUAGAUAACUAAGGAUACAUUUAUACAUAGUUCCGCAGCUUUCCUAUAUUUUUACGUUGUAGACAAUGUUUAUCUCCUUGAUAUUCAAAUGAUCAUUAUUUUCAUCUCAUUUAAUAAUGUUCAAAUUUAGAGUUAUAUCAAGGCUACAUGAGAUUAAGAACUAUAUCGACUAUGAAUUAAGAUAAAGUAACGCGAAUGUCGUCAAAGCAAACGAAGGAUUUUCUUUAAUCUUUUCGGAAAAUAUUUUGCAAUUUGAAAUGAUGCUUUAUUUUCACAUUAUUGAUUAGCACGAUGCUGACAUGAUAUCGAUUUGUGCAGUGCAUUAGGAUCAUUACCUCUUUAACUGUUUCUUGAAAGAAUUAAGAAAAGGUGUUGUUAAUGUGUAACAUAGUCAUAAUGAAUUUUGUCUUCUUUCUUCUUUGAUUUGAAAAGAACCGACGAUAUAAACAGCACAGUACUAUUUGUAGCGACAUAGCUGUUGCCUUGACUGCCUAAUGCCAAAUUGCAAACAAAAAGACCGUCUACUUGAUUAAUCCGGAAAAUGUAAGAAAUAUGUAUUUUCCUCUUUUUUUAUUUUUUUUUCUUGAUGGCAUCCUCUAAUAGUGCGACUAAAGUGAUGGCACUCGUGAUAAUCUUGUCUUGCCAAAGUAAACGUAGCGAUGAGAUAUCUCCGUUUGCACUCUUCUCUUUACUAGUCUACUAUUAGUUGUUAACGCGUAUCGAGAGUGAUAAACGUAGUCGUACAUUUUACAUUUUUUUAUAGCUGACGAUAAACAGUUGUUUGUUUAAACUAUAAUGAAAUGAAAUAAUAAUCUUUGUGACAUGUUGAGAAUAGAAUAUAUGAAGUAACAUGUGGCCAUAACAAUAUAGUCCUUGACGAUGAAACUCACAGCAGCUAUUGAUAAUUAAUUGUGAAUAUGCGAUAUUAAUAGAACUCGUCAAAGCAAAUUAUACCUUUUGUAAAAAAGAAGAGAGAAAAAAACGUUAUUGCGUAUAUACACGAUGCGAUACGUUCGAAAAGAAGAUGUAUCUUUUUCUUUUGUUUGUUCCGCUGAAACGAAUUCAGCAAUUAAAUCUGCCAUAUGUAGCUAUAUUAAAGGCUAUUCCAAGUUUUCGACAAAGCAAAAAAUCCUCAAUUUUAUCACUUUCUAUGAUCGUUUCUAUAAUGCGUACGUGUAUAGAGAGAGAGAGAGAGAGGGAAUACGCGCGCGUAUGUGCUUCCAAACUGUAUAAAUGCGAUACCAAAGAUACCUUAGAGAAUAAUUGACAAUUGCAAAAUUUUCAUAAUCAUUAGUUUCCUUUUUCAUGAAUUGUGGUAGUUUCUCCUUACAUUUUGAUUUUAUUGUAACUAUUAUCUUCUUAGGCCUCGAUUAAAAACUGUUAUUUAUAUAGGUAAAGAUAAUUCUUCUUUUUAAAUCAAGUAAGGGAAUAAUAGUCACGUGCUUAUGAUUCGGUUGCAAGAAAGCUUUCGUUCGAUUUGUUUCAGGGAAGAAUAUACAGAAUACACAAAAUAUCUACAUAGGUGAUAUUUUGUGUAGCAUAUCCGCGCGCACAUUUCGGAUUCUAGUCAAGUUACAAGAGUGAGUGCUUUUUGUUAUAUAAUGCGCAUCGGAUAUAUGAUUUCGCUUCAUCUUAAUAUUGAAAAGCUCCUAAACUAUUAGAUUGGAAAUUAGAUAAAUUAGUUUGAGAAUGGUUUGAAUGAAUGUGCGGUUGCGUGAUUGCACCAUAUCAUACUGUGAACACCGUGAGAGAUUUGUUAUUGAUGUAGCGUAGAAAAUUCUGGUUUCGUAUAUGAUAACACAUGUUAUCACAUAUGAACAAAUCGGCGAUGGAGCUCAAAGCUUACAAUAAUUACGAAAAGUAACUAAUAUGUGAAAAUUUCAUAUAAAAUAGAGGAUUGUUAGAUACAAUUUAACUUUCGUAAUUCUGGACGUCUUUAUUGUGCUUAUUACGCGACGUCUCCUUGUACAUGUAUACAUUACGAAUUGUUGUCAAUAAUAUCUAUAAAGAAUUGAAUUAAUAAAAAGAAAGGAUUUGUAAAGAAAGGAUACUCGACUUAAUGAAAAGUAUAGAUGAAGCUGAAACAAUUAAAAAUUAUCUAUGCGACCAAAAACUGUUUCUGCAAAAAGCUGGUGUGCUAAACAGCUAUACGAAUAAUCUUCGAUUAUUAUAAUUGGACUUAUGUGAAGAAUAUUGUAAAUGUGUAAGUAUCCAUUUCUUUGCACCGAAUAUUAAAUAUAUCCAUGUCAAUAUUGAAUAUUAAUAAAUAAGCACAUGGUAAAAGAAACAACGUAUGAAGCGUUGAAGUAAUUUGAUAUGUUUGGCGAGAAAUACGUUGUUUACUGUUAAGAAUGCUUUUCAAAUGUUUAUACCGAUAUGCUCUAUAGUAGUGUAUGUACAGCUUACAUAAUUACAUACAUUGUAUUGUAGAAUACCUACGUAUGAGAGGAGUGUCACGACACUUCACAAUAAAUUUAUCUACCACGUUAGAGUGUAUAUGUUGUGAAAUAUUUAUAUUGUACUCUUUUGGAGUAUAUUUAACUUGCAUAAAGUUAAACUUAUAUGAUAAAAUUUCAGAAUGGGAAAGAGAUAGAGAAAAUGUCAGAAAGAAAAGGAAUGAGUAGUCCCCAGCAUUCGAUAUUAUCAGACAAAUUGAAUAGACAAAUAGAUAAUUAUUCGUCAAUGUAAUUGGUGCUAAUGUUGAAGCAUUUAGAAUUAGUGCUUUUUGAAGUUGCAUUUGGUUUAUUUAAAUCAAAACUGUUAAAUUCCAAAAGACGCUGAAAUAAACUCAUGUAAAUCAUA